AUGGAGAACCUUAGUGAAAUUUUAGGCGCCGUAGUCUUUUACCAGGAUAAUUUUAAUUUUAUUAAAACCAAUUCAGAUGCUGUGAACAUUCUGAAACGACUGGGUUCUGCUAAACAUGAAAUAGUUUCGUCGAUUCCCAGUUUAUCUGAAGAAACUCGACUAGACGUCGAAAGAUUUGAUCGUACAAUAGGUCAACUGGUCGAGUUUUCAAAAGACAACAUUAAUGAUGUAGUUCCCGUGCUUGGGACGCUGUUUGACAUGAUGCCAACUGUUCAUUUCACUGAAGAUGGUGAUUUUUGUAUUACACUACGACCAGUGGAAGAUGUUGAAUCUAACUCGACAUGGGCGAGUCUUCUUGUCAACAUUCUUAAUUUGAUGAUUGAGGAUCGUGGAGAUGGUUUUAUAGUGGGAAACUUUAUCGAACAACAAAUUUCUAGUUUCCCAGUAUUUGCGCAACUUAUUAUGAUGAUUCAUUGUCUGGUUCAACUUAAACGAAGUUAUCAAUCAACAACAAUCAAUUGUAUCAGCUUUGAGAAUAAACAACGAAUGAUUAUCGAACUUUGUUUGAUGGACACGUAUAUUGACGCUAUCUGUGAUGCGUUAUCAAAUGAAACCAUGAUUGAUAUGCAAGCGUUAAAAUUGAACUUACGCCAUCUUGUUAAUAAGAUAGAAGAUUUUGCUUCUCUUUUGGAGAAAGUCGAUAAAGAUCUCGAUGAUGAAUUGCAUGGAAUUAGAGCUCGGCGCAGAAAUUGGACGGUUGGCUUUGCUGUUUCGACUGCAGUAACAGCUACCGCUGCAAUUUAUCUUAGAAGCAAUUGGCAAACGCUUUCCCGGAUUAACAAAACUCUCGCUGGAGGAAUAGCAUUCGCAGGCGCAGGCGCAACCGCCGGUUGCGUUUUCAUGCGCGAAGAUUUACUUCAAAGUAUGAAGAUCCACAAAAAAGUUCAAGAGCUUCUUUGUGAAUUCGGUAGAGAAUUAGACAACAUGGGCAAAUGUGCCGAUUUCAAUUUGCGCACUCAAGAAAGUAGUUUCCAAUACCGAAAAACGAUUUUGAUUAGUGCUUUCAACAGAUUUAAAGCCAAAAUCGAUGAAAUACGGUUCAUUGGAGAAUUAAAUCUACUUGAACAAAUACCUAACACUAAGUAA